AGCGUGAAGUUUGAGCAUGCCGGGAGCUAUCAGGGGGGCAUGAAGAACGGUGAGCGGGAGGGCACAGGCACGUUCAAGUGGGAAGACGGGGAGCUGUUCAACGGAGACUGGGCUGGUGACAUGUUUCAUGGAUGGGGGAUCUAUCAGUGGAGGAAUGGGCAGAAGUAUUCGGGGUACUGGAAGAACGGCAGGCAUGAUGGACAGGGUUAUAUGUCCUGGAGCUUGAACGAGAACAUGCCGGGGUGGCGGAGGGCAGGUCGAUACACGGGAAGCUUCAUGAACGGUUUCAGAGCAGGCAAGGGUUCGGAGACGCAAGCGGAGCUUGGGUGCUACACCGGCGAGUGGCAGCAAGACAUGCGGGCAGGGGAGGGCAUGUUCAAGUGGCUCAACGGGAGCAGGUACCUCGGGGAAUGGUCGUGCGACCAGCGCAACGGCAGCGGAGUGUUCACGUGGGCCGACGGGUCCUGGUUCCAAGGCUCCUUC